CGCCCUGCUGCUCUGCCCGGCCCGGGCACCGGAGCAGGAUCCCGGACUACGGGCCGUAGAAAGUCCGCUCGGUGUGAGACAGUUCACGGAGCUUCAGUGAGAGACUCAGCGGCAGGUUUUCACUUCUCUACCCGUUUCCACACCGUCUCUGUCGGCGUCUGUCCCGCUGCUCAGUCCGGGUUUAAUCCCUCCACCCGCCCCGCCAUCAUCUCCACCAGCCGGCAACAAGUGGCACCGCUCGCCCGGCUCUCAGCGCCGGAGGCCGGGUCACACCGGGAGCUGUCCCCCGCUGAAUCUGCUGCUGGGUGUUCGCUGGGUUCUGUGCACGGUGCGGCCCUGCUGCUGGGCGGAGUGCGGGAGGCAGCAGGAGCAGGCGGGCGGUGACACACCUGAGAGCAGAGGCUAUUCGGCGCCGGCCCUUCGCUCCCGUCCCUUCCAAAAAAAAAGUUUGGUUCAAUUGUCGUCGACCACUUCAGAGGAUCUUUAAAGUUUCACCUGGAAGAAUGAGCUCCUACAAUGUGACGCUGCCCGGCCCCGGCCCCUGGGGCUUCAGGCUGCAGGGAGGGAAGGACUUCAACAUGCCGCUGACCAUCUCCAGGAUCACUCCGGGCAGCAAGGCGGCGCAGGGAAACCUGAUCCAGGGUGACGUUAUUGUCGCCAUUGAUGGCGUCGGCACCGACGGGAUGACUCACCUGGAGGCCCAGAACAAGAUCAAGAUGGCCAAUUACAACCUGGCACUCACCAUGUCCAAGUCGAAACGUCCCAUUAUGAUGCCGCCACCGAGGAUGGACGCUGUGAUUCCCAUGAUCCCUCACCAACAGCCUCAGUCAGUGCACGUCAACGGCCGCCUGUCGGCCUGCAGUCCCUCCUCCGGGCCUGCAGAGGCAGACUCUCCUGGGAAGAGAGCGGUCAGCCCCGCUCAGAGGAAGCAGUAUAACUCCCCCAUCGGCCUGUACUCAGAGGAGACUCUGAGGGAGAUGGCAGCGAUUCAGGAGGGUCGGCCGGCGGGUAGUCUCCCAGUUAAAGAUCAUCUCGUAGACAGCGCCUCUCCGGUCUAUCAGGCCGUGCAGAGCGCCGAGAGGGACCCGGACGUGGGGGAGUGGGGACAGCGCGGCGGCACCAUGCAGUCCAAGACCUUCCGGGUCCUCGCCCACAUGACAGGAACUGAGUCCCUACCAGAGGAUGAGGAGCAGGAGGCGCUGAGGAGCAGCAGCCCUACUGAGCAUGCUAUGACUUGUGAUGGCUCCGCCUCCGCUGUGCCAGCUGUGCAGCCUCUGGACCACGCCCCCUGUUCACCUGACCCCGCCCCUCACAGCUGGAAGCGACAGUCGGCCGCUGGUUUCAGCCUCCAGCACAGAGCUGCUGUCUCCAGUCCGUACAUCCAGCCUCCUGCCAUGUAUCAGGCUCCACAGGCCCCGCCCCCGCAGCAGUACCAGCAGAUCCCGCAGCACUACCAUCAGCCCCCCACGCAACACGCCCCUCCCACUCAGCAGAGCUCCAUUCAGAUCCCGCUCUGCGCCCCCCCUCCCAAGGUGGUGAGCACCGCCUGUAUCUACCCCUCCCAGCCCGCUCCACCUCCAGCUCCGGCCCCGGUUCCACUCCCUCAACAGCCUCGCCCUCCGGCCGCCGCCCCGGCCCCAUCCCCGGCAGCUGAUGCCAACAGGCCCCCCUGGGUGACCGACAACAGCUUUGCUGACAAGUUCGACCCCAGUAAGAUGACCACCACCACCAUGAAGGUGCCGCCGCUGCCCCAGGCCGCACCCCCUCCGCCAGUGUUCAUCCCCAAUCCCUCCCAUGUUGGACCUGUAACUCCCAGCCCCGCCCCCAUCACCCCCAGUCCCGCCCCUUUCCCUCAAGUGGCGAGGGGCGUGGCGCAGAGGGCGGAGAGGUUCGCCGCCAGCAGCCGUACACCUUUGUGCGGGGCCUGUAACAACAUCAUCAGGGGCCCCUUCCUCGUGGCCCUCGGCCGCUCCUGGCACCCGGAGGAGUUUAACUGUCACUACUGUCACAUGUCUCUGGCUGACGCCAGCUUCGUGGAGGAGCAGAACAGCGUUUACUGCGAGAACUGCUACGAGGAAUUCUUCGCCCCGACCUGCGCUCGCUGCAACACCAAGAUCAUGGGGGAAGUGAUGCACGCCCUGCGGCAGACGUGGCACACCACCUGCUUCGUGUGCGCGGCCUGCGGUAAACCUUUCGGCAACAGCCUCUUCCACAUGGAGGACGGGGAGCCGUACUGCGAGAAAGAUUAUAUUUCACUCUUCAGCACUAAGUGUCAUGGCUGUGACUUCCCAGUUGAAGCAGGGGAUAAGUUCAUCGAGGCUCUGGGUCACACCUGGCACGACACCUGCUUCGUCUGUGCGGUUUGCCACGUGAACCUGGAGGGUCAACCUUUCUACUCAAAGAAAGACAAACCUCUGUGCAAGAAGCACGCUCACGCCAUCAACGUGUAGACGCAGCAGCGACCUGUGGAUCUGCCGCCUCACGGGGGAGGAGGCGACGCCGCCGAAGCAACACAAGACGACAACUUUUUCAGAUGUGUGUAAAUCGCUCUUUAUGCAAAACUACACUUUGGUUUGAGACUUUAUUUUCUGUGCAUUAAUAUUCAUGUUUAAAACGACGCUGCCUGAUGAAUCUGCUUCAAAAAACAGGAACUCAUGAAAGAACAAGGUGUGGAUGUUUUCUCUUGUUCAUCCAGCUGAUUUUAUAAUUUACUCUAUUUUUAUUUUUAGGAUGUUUUCUACCAGAGAACAACUGGUGUUCAUGUGGAGUUUGAAUAGGGAGUGUUGGGUGUGCCAAUUGAAAAUACUUUAGAAUUUUUCUGUAUUUAAUCAUAAUAAAAUAAUGUAUUGAUAAAUAUUAAAUAUAUAUGUAUAAUAUUUAUAUUAUACUUAAUAAAUAAUGCAUUUAAAUAAAAAUAUGUAAUUAAAAUAUUGCAAUAAAAUUAUAAUGAUAUAAAUUUCGUAUUCAAAACAACUGAACUAAUGAAACAUUUACUAAAAGAUUCAUAAUUUAACAUAGAAAAAAAUACAGUUAUGAUAUAAUAAUUAUUAUUGUUAUACCUUUAUUUAUGAAGCACCUUUCAAAACAGCUGUUACAACAUGAAGAGAACAAAUAAGAACAAAACAUCACAGACAGGAAGCAGCUGUCAAAUAAAAUCUAAUUGUGUCACAAUCGAGACUCCACAGUUUCAACUGCAGAACAUUUUUCUCAUCAUAUCUUUGACGUUUCUUUGCUGAUGUGCCUUUUUUUUUAUCAUUUAAAAAAAUAUAUAUAUUAUGAACGUUUGGUUCAGCACUGCGAUUUAAAACCAGAGUCUGUUUGUGUAGAUACUAAAAUAUAAAAGUGUUUUUAUCUUUCUGUUGUUUUUUUUUUUGCUUUUAAAGAAAACAUGUUUGCCUCAGCUCUCAGUCGUGGACCCGGUCUGAUGUGGUCUGACUGCAGCUGUGAGUCGGUGAAACAUGGAAGAGCCUUGAAUCUGAACAGGCUCUGACAUGUUGGUGGAAGUGAGAGUGACAGUGAAUGUAACCCAGAUGUUUUGAACCUGCUGAGUUGAGGCUGCUGCCGAGCGUCGACCGUGUCUGAGGACCUGACGUGUAGCUGCUAACCUCGUUGGCUUCACGUGCAGUAGCAGGAGUUUCGGUGCAACAAAUAACCUUGAAUUUAAUAUUUAUUGACUUUUUUUUUUUGGACCGUGUGAUAUUUAUUGAGAAGCUAAUAUAUCGUCACUGCUGCGCUCGGUGCUCGUCAGAUUAUUAGUUGUUUAAUCCGUAUUUGUUUUCGUGAAUGUCCAGCAUCACAAGGUGCAUUUUGAUGAUGGAUUUAUUUUGUAAUGACACUGUAAAUGUUCUCAAACUGUCGGAGCUUGAAUUUUUAUUACGAUGGCGUUUUCACCACAAAGCCACUGAAUGGCUCAGUUCACACUGCAGACUUUUAGACCCUCUUUCUUCAUUAUAUGACUUAUUUUCUUUAUCUCAUGCACAAAAGAUCUAUACAAAUAUAAUGUUUCUGAACUUUGACACAAUUUACAGUUCCCAUAUAAAUACAAGGCACCAGUGAACAGCUAUAGGGAAUUUCUGUCCUCGGUAAUAUAAUUUAAAUUAAGAAGCCCUUUAAGCUUAACUCUGGAUAGCUUGCAUUACCACUAGUAACCACAGGUGUCAGUAAAACAAUAAUUGCCUUGUAUUUGUAUAGAAAUCUGUAGGUUUCCCGUUAACUUCAAUAUACGUUGUGACAAUUCCCAGGAAGUGAAGCCAAAACAUAUUGAUCGCCCCCUGGUGGCUGGCUGUCGUAUCGAUCAUAAACCUUUUCCAAAGAUGGUUUCUGUCAUUUGAAGUUGUUCUUAUCACACUGAAGUUUGAGACGUCACCAACACAAGAGGGCGUCGCCCAUUUCUAGAAUAUUUUAGCUCCACAUUUUUGUCGUCAUCCAUCUUUAUAUACAGUCAACGAGGCAGCAUCUAGUGGCCGUAAGAGGAACUGCACCUAAACAAACCAAUAUAAAGCACGUGUCAGAUCCUACGUUUAAUCGUGCUGUAAAUAAACAUGUUUAAUCUUGUUUUCUGGUUUCUACAGUUUGCAGUGUGAACACAGCCUCAGCUUCACUGAUGAAUUCAAAGGAUUUUUGACACAAGUUUCUUUGGGGAAAUGUUAAGUGUUCACACACUGACUCUGCAGAGUUUUGUGCCUUAACACCAUCUGUGAUCUGCUUGUGUGACUGACACGUGCACUCGGCCCGGUCUGAUGAGCCUGUGUACAGUUUUUACUCUGAAUAUUUUAUACAGUGAGUGUGUGUGUGAGAGUGUGUGUGUUUUUCAGAGAGUGAAUGUGUGCAUGCAGAACAGUGUGUCACCGUUUGUCACAGCACGUCGAACGAGGCAACGUCAGUAUUAGUUUGUGUCACUGCGUCGUGAAGAGAGAGGCUCUGACGCCACAGUUUAACUUUGUGUUAGCGAGUGUUUGAACUGGUUUUAGUGUCGAUGAACUGAAACUGUUUCGAUGUCACAUCUCACGACUGAAGAAAUGUUGGAAAGAAGCUGACGUCACAUUGAGACUCUGCUCGAUGCUGGAGGUGCAGCUGCUUUGCUACAUUUCAUCAACAGGUUUUGAAUAUUUCAAGAAUAUUUGUGUUGCAAGUUGAAUAAACUGAACUUUAAACACUUGAAAA